AUGGACGAGCACCGAGGCGAGAUGGCGCGCUGUCUCGACACCCUCGUCGCCAAGGGGGUCCAAGAACUCGUAUUUGUCAACCGCCCUUGGCCGAUUGACCUGCGCCUCCCGGCCACGCUCUUCAGCUGCGCCUCCCUCACCCGCCUCUGCCUUGGCGUCUUUAGGCUCCCAGACACCGCCGCCGUGCCACGCGGCGCCAGAUUCCCCAACCUCCGGGAGCUCAUCCUCAGCUUGAAUACCAUGGAAGAGCGCGAUCUCGCCUUCUUGCUUGAAAAAAGUCCCGUGCUGGAGUUCCUCUUCAUCAUGGGAAACCAGGCCGGCGGAGUGCGCCUCCGCCUUGUCAGCCACAGCCUGCGGUGCGUUCAGCUUGGCUUUUCCUUCUCGGAGGACAUCGAUGUGGUUGAUGCUCCUCGCCUGGAGAGGCUCUUUCAGUGA